AUGGAGGAGCAGCGGGCGCUCGCGGCCGCCAAGGAUGGGGACCUGGCCACCCUGGAGCGGCUGCUGGAGGCGGGUGCCCUGGGCCCGGGGGUCACCGACGCCCUGGGGGCUGGCCUGGUGCACCACGCCACCCGGGCCGGCCACCUGGCCUGCGUCAAGUUCCUGGUUCUGCGGGCCCAGCUACCCGGCAACCAGCGGGCCCAUAACGGGGCCACACCGGUGCAUGACGCCGCCGCCACCGGUAGCCUGGCCGAAAUGUGCUGGCUGGUGCGCGAAGGGGGCUGCGGUCUGCAGGACCGAGACUCCUCGGGCGUCUCCCCGCUGCACCUGGCCGCCCGCUUCGGACACCCGGUGCUGGUGGAGUGGCUGCUGCGAGAGGGCCACGCAGCCACGCUGGAGACGCUGGAGGGGGCCUUGCCGCUGCACCACGCCGCCGUCAGCGGGGACCUGACCUGCCUGAAGCUCCUGACGGCCGCCCACGGCAGCGGCGUGAACCGGCGGACGCGCAGCGGCGCCUCCCCGCUCUACCUGGCCUGCCAGGAGGGCCACCUGCACCUGGCCCAGUUCCUGGUGAAGGACUGCGGCGCCGACGUACACCUGCGCGCCCUCGACGGCAUGAGCGCCCUGCACGCCGCGGCUGCCCGCGGCCACUACUCGCUCGUCGUCUGGCUGGUCACCUUCACGGACAUCGGCCUGACGGCGCGGGAUAACGAGGGGGCCACCGUCCUCCACUUUGCCGCUCGAGGCGGCCACACGCCCAUUCUAGACAGGCUCCUGCUGAUGGGCGCCCCCGUCAUGAGAGACUCCUGGGGUGGGACCCCUCUCCAUGACGCAGCGGAGAGCGGGCAAAUGGAGUGCUGCCAGACCCUGCUCUCCCACCGCGUGGACCCCGCCCUGCGGGACGAGGACGGCUACACGGCCGCAGACCUGGCGGAGUACCACGGCCACCGCGACUGCGCCCAGUACCUCCGCGACAGCACCCGGCCGGUGCCACUCCUGAUGGCGCCCCCACCGCCGCCGCCGUUCCCCCCUCCUCCGCUGUCGGCUGCAAGGCACUCCCUGGAGGAUGGAAGAAGAGGGGGCCCAGGUGUCGGGGAUCCCGCUGUGGCAGCGUCUCUCAGCCCAGCCUGGCCCGGCCAGCCUGACCAGCCUCUUCCGAGGGAGCACGUGACCCGCACAGCACCCCUGAGGGUCACCACCGGUGCCACAGCCGUCCCUAUGGUGACGGAGACGGCAGCGGGGGCCGCCCCGGACAGCCUGGUCGCGCUGCAGCUGGAUGGGCUGCCCGCGGGCGACCUCGACGGGCUGGUGCCCACGCGGGAUGAGCGCGGCCGGCCCAUCCCCGAGUGGAAGCGGCAGGUGAUGGUGCGGAAGCUGCAGGCUCGCCUGGGCGCAGCUCCAGCGCCAGAGGUCCAGGACGACGGCGGGAGCACGGGCGCCACAGAGCAGGCGGCCUGGCGGUACUCGCAGACUCACCAGGCCAUCCUGGGCCCCUUCGGGGAGCUGCUGACCGAGGACGACCUGGUGUACCUGGAGAAGCAGAUCGCAGACCUGCAGCUGCGGCGCCGCUGCCAGGAGUACGAGAGCGAGCUGGGCCGGCUGGCGGCCGAGCUGCAGGCCCUGCUGCCUGCGCCCCUGGUCAGCAUCACUGUCAACAGCCACUUCCUGCCCCGCGCGCCCGGGCUGGAGGGCGAGGAGGGCCCCAGCCCCGAGGUCGAGCCCGAGGGCUCCGCGGGGCCUUCGCAGGCCACGCCCGGCGCGCAGCCCCUGCCCUUCUGGUGCAGCCACGUCUCCCGGCUGGUGCGCAGCUUGUCGCUGCUGCUGAAGGGCGUGAACGGGCUGGUGCCAGGCGAGGAGAGGCCCCCAUUGGAGGCCCCCAGGGAGGCCCCAGCCAGCCCUCCGAGGAGCGAGGUCCAGCGCGAGAUCCAGGAGUGUGGGGUGUCGGUGCGGACACUUCGUGGCAACUUCGAGUCGGCCCCCGGCCGGCCCUGCACCCCGAGCCCUGGCCCCUGUGAGCUGGGGCCCCAGCCGGGGCCGUGCCUGAGAGGCUGCUGGCCCUCCCCCUUGCAGCCCCGCGGCGGCCCGAUCGCAGGGGAGCCGGGGCCGGGCGACGCGGAGGAGGCCAGCGACUCGGGCAUCAGCUGCGAGGAGGCCCCGUCGGAGGCGGGAGCCGUGCCUGGCCCCGACCUGGCCAGCCUUCGCAAGGAGCGCAUCGUCAUGCUCUUCCUCAGCCACUGGAAGAAGUCGGCCUACACGCCGGCCCUGAAGACGGUGGCCUGCAGGACCCUGGAGGCCCGGCGCGUGGAGCCGCGGCGGCGGGAGGCGGCCGGGGGCCCUCAGCUGCCCUCCCCGCCGUCCAGCGAGAGCCCACGGCUGGGCCACCUGUGGCAGCAGCGCAGCAUCAUCGCCCACCUGCUGGGCAACUGGAAGUCCAUCCUGGCCCACGUGCCCGCCCGGCAGCUGCGGCGGCUGAGCCGGCAGCCCCACGGCCCCCUGUCCCCCGAGCAGUUCCUGCCCCACGUGGACGGGGCGCCGGUGCCCUACGGCAGCCUCACGCUGGACCUCUUCAUGCUGGGCUACUUCCAGCUCCUGGAGUGCGACCUGUCGGCUGAGGAGCGCAAGAUGCGCCACCUGCUCUGCUUCGAGGUCUUCGAGCACCUGGGCGCCCACGGCUGGGAGGCCGCGCGCGCCUUCCACAAGGCCGUGACGGACGAGGUGGCUGCCGGCCGCCGUGCCUGGACCGACGGCUUCGAGGACAUCAAAGCCCGCUUUUUCGGCUCCAGCCGCAGUCACCCCUGGGGCGCAGAGCCCUGCCGCAAGUCGGGCCUGACCCCGCUCCGGCCCCUGCCCCAUGCCGGCCCCAGCGGCGGCCCCGGGCCCGCGGCACAGAGGCUGGGGUCCGGCCCUCAGCGGGGCAGCUUCAACAGCGAGGACAUCUGUGGCUACAUCGACCGGAGCUUCGCCUUCUGGAAGGAGAAAGAAGCUGAGAUGUUCAGCUUCGGGGAGUGAGAUGGGCUGGCAGCCUGCCUUCCUACCAGCGGGGCUUCCGGUGUGGUUUUGGUCCUCUCCUCUUUUCCUUUCGCCCACCUGGUGGCCAGGUGAGCCUUGAGGGCAGGCCGGCGGAUCCUCAGCGUGCUAGUUGCCACCCUCCAGGUCUGCCCCCUGGCGGGAAUCAGCUUCAGAGCCCUUCUCACCGCUGGCCUGAAAGUCAGUCCCCCAGUCGGCCCCGAAGUUGUAUGACUUACCAUCUCGGCCCGCACCCUUCUGCCUGGUCUUCCUUCAGGCACCUGUGAUUCCAGCCCGGGUUUCCCCUUGGUCCUCCUUCCAGAGUCGCCUGGGUGUCCCUUCUCUCAGUGCUUCUGGUGCCGGUGGCUCUGGUCGCGUCCUGAGCCUCUGUCUGCCCUCCUCGAGUCCUGCCUUGGUUCCUUCUGGUGACCUUGGGCCAUGCCCCUUCCCCUCUUCUGUCCCCUUUCCCCACCUGUGAAGUGGCAGAGGAGCUGGGGGUCGGAGAGAACGGGAUUCGACGGGCAAGAGACCAGACUCCCGAAUUCUCCGGGUCAGGGAGGGAAACCAAGGGGCUUUAGGGGAGAGGUGUCUUGCAGCCGUGCCGUGGCCCCAGCAGGCAGUGUGCUGGGGAGAGGUUUCAGGAAUCUCCUACGGGCCGCCGCCUCCCUGCAGACAGACCCGUUGGGAUAGGGCUCUCUUGUGGUGUUCCUACGUGCCUGCAGAGCUUGGACGGCUCAGACACGAUGUGGGAUGGAACAGAGGGUCCUCCCAGCCAGCUGACUUGAGGCUGUCACAGGGAGGGAUGAUCAGGAAAAUAUAAAGUCGGAGCUGCCAGGGCCGGGCUCGGGGGCAGCGCUGGCAAUGGCUCCACUCCAGACCCUCCUGCAGGGUGGACACCUGACGUGAGUUUGCUAAAUAAAGAUCCAUUCCUGGCCGGCCUUCCCACCUGUGCCCGUAGAGAGCGAGGGCCCCACCUGGUGGGCACCAAGACCCAGUCCUCAGCUCAGCUCGGCCGAAACAGAGGCAGCAUCCUUAGCCCCACAGAGCCUCUACCUCCUCAUCUGUGAAAUGGGGGUAUGGCACUGACCGCCCAUUCCCAGCGUCCUGGCGAGGGUGGACUGAGGUCCCGUAUGAGGGGGUCUCUGUCCUGGGGUGACAGGGACACCAGCCUGUGUCAGUAUUUUAAGGAGCAGGUUCUAAUGAGCAGGGCACCAACCCUAGGCAGCUGGGAGCAUCCCAUAUGCUGUUGCCGUCAUGAUGCCCUGGCGCUUAGACCCAAAACUCAACCCUUGGAGCUGGACAAGGGCUGGUCCACAGGGCGCUUCCGCUGCCCAGGUUGGCGGGG